AUGAACAGGAGAAACAAAACUUUUCAGAUGGAAUUCAUCUUAAUUGGAUUUUCCAACAUGCCAAAUGCUGAAUUGCUUCUUUUCCCUCUAGUCCUGGUGAUGUAUAUUGUGACAGUGUCUGGGAACAUCCUUAUCAUUGUCAUAGUUACAAUAGACUCAGCCCUUCAGUCAUCCAUGUACUUCUUCCUGAGAAACUUAUCCUUCAUUGAGAUCUGUUUCACUUUAGACACUGUCCCUAAAAUGCUAAUCAGUCUACUGCAGAAGGACAAAAGUAUCUCUUUUCUUGGCUGUGCCAUUCAGAUGUUUGGUUUCUUCUACUUUGGAUGUAUUGAAUGUUUCCUCUUAGCUGCAAUGUCCUAUGACCGGUAUGUUGCCAUCUGUAAACCACUUCACUACAGAACCAUCAUGAACAGAGGCUUCUGCCAGAAGCUGGUGGGUGGGACUUGGGUGAUUGGGAUCCCUGCCUCAUUGUUGCAGGCAGCCUGGAUCUUCAGCUUUCCAUUUUGUGGACUGAAAGAGGUUAAUCAUUUCUUCUGUGAUGUACCACCAGUUUUGAAGUUGGUCUGUGCUGAUACUUAUCUAUUUGAGAUACAAUCCACCACCUCUACAUUUCUAUUUAUCAUCUUCCCUUUUGUGCUUAUUCUUAUCUCCUAUAUUCGUAUCAUCAUCACAAUUCUAAGCAUGUCUUCAGCACAGGGCCAGCAAAAAGCCUUCUCUACCUGUUCAGCCCAUCUCAUUGUGGUCACUUUGUUCUAUGGAAGUGGAAGUAUUGUCUAUCUAAAGCCCAAGUCCAGCUACUCACCAGAAGUAAAAAAAAUGUUAUCUCUAUUCUAUACAGUUCUCAUACCCAUGCUAAAUCCCAUUGUCUAUACUCUGAGGAACUCUGAAGUGAAAGAAGCCCUGAGGAGAAUUCUGGGAUGGAAAAUGUUCUCACAGGCUACAUAG